UCCAUCCUCUCGUAAAGCCGAGGAGUCAACAGAGAUUGCAAUCGAGCGCCAAGCUUUCUUCUGUGGUCGAGAUGGAGACUGGCGUCGAUCAACCGCAGCAACAAAAUUAGGGUUAGGGUUUUUAAAAAAGGAGGAGGAAAAAAGAUCAAAUCCGUGGACUGCCGAAACCAGCUCCGAAUUUGGAAGAAUUUCGAAGCUCAGACUUCGAUGUAUCCUCUCAUUGAUCGUCGGAAAGGGUUGGGAUAAAUCCUCCCUGUACAUUGUUACUUUUCUUAGGAGGCUGCUCAUUGCAACACAUACUAUACAAAUAAGGAUGAGUUUCGCACAUAAAGGUCUGGAGAAGAGCAAGGUAGCAUCAAGCAAGUUUACAACAUUAAAUCCUAAUGCAGCAGAGUUUGUUCCAUCUGCUCUCCGAUCCACACACGAAACCAAGGGUGCAGAUUCUAGCAGAGUAGAUUCUGCACAAACCUCAGGGAAAGUAAUUCUUGGACGCUCCGAAUCCUCUAUUUCAAAUAACUCUGAUGAUGAACACCAGUACUUGUGCCGUCAGCUUCCUGAUGAUAUUACUCCUGACUUCAAGGCCAUGGGAGAAGAUGAAGUACCAAGCCUAGGACACCGCUCACUUGCAGGUUUAUCAAUACAUGAACCAACAUCAUUUUCUGUAUCAGUGCAUGAGAGAUUCGGUACACGGCAUGGUAGAACUACUAUUAAUACCAAUGAUCUCUUAUUGAGUGGGAACAUGGGAUAUUCUGGCUCUGAUCAGUCACCGUCUGCUCGCUUUGCUUCAGUUACCAAUUCCUGGGGCAAACAAUUUAUAAAUGGAGGUCAACAAUUUACUCGAGGAAUGAGGAGAAUGGAAGAGCAACACUACAAUGGAGAAUCCAGUGCUAAUUUUCUGAAUAACAUGCUAGAUGACCAGGCUGUCAAAGAGCAUACUGCAAUUGAGCAGGUGGAGUUUUUAUCAUCACAAUUUCCUAGCUUUUCUUCUGAGAGCCUUGCAGAGAUGCACUAUGCAAAUGGAUGUGAUUUGAAUGUGACAAUUGAGAUGCUUAGUCAGCUUGAGCUUCAGGGAGAUGGCGGGUUGAGUAAGAACCUGUACUCAAAGUCCGUGAGUGCUCCCAGCUUGAGCAAACUAGACUUCCAGUCACUUUCAGUGGCAGAAGCUCGGAGUGGGCUGUCAAACUACACUGGAGAUUUUCACCAAGUUCCUGAGCCAUAUAGAUCAACUUCCAGUGUAUUUCGAGGGUCUACAGAUUAUGUAUCUACUGCUAGAAAAAAUUCAUCCCUAGAUAGUAGUAACUGGAAACCUGGCAGGAAUGGUAAUCCAGAUGGCAUUAUCAGCUCAAGUAGAAGUGCACAACUCAUUGCCAACCCAUCAUACAAUGGCCACGGAAAACUUCUCUAUGGAAACAAGUCUCCAAGUCUAGAUGCAUCUUGGACAGCUCCAAUUUGUCUCGAGACCGGAGAAGCAGUGGCAAAUAUGUAUUCCGAGUCGAUGGAGGAAGCUCGUGAUCUUGCACGGCUUCGAGAUGCAUGCUUGGAGCAGGCAAGUCAAGCAUAUCUGAUUGGUAACAAGGCUCUGGCAAGGGAACUGAGUGAGAAGGGGCAGUUUUACAACAUGCAGAUGAAAGCUGCUCAACUGAAAGAUGGUGGCCCAAUUUAUCAUAAGAGAGAUCCGAUCUCUUAUGAGCUCCAGGGCUACAACCGAGGAGGGCAAGACCGUGUUAUUGACCUCCAUGGCCUUCACGUAAGCGAUGCCCUACACGUGCUGAAACAUGAGCUCAACAUCCUAAAGAGCACUGUACGCUCCUCAGGACAGCAGCUCCAAGCAACAAUCCUUUUGGUUACCGGGCAUCAUACUAGUGGUACUCGUGUCUCACCGAGGCUGCCAAUGGCUGUAGAACAAUUUCUCUUGGAUGAAGGCCUUCCAUAUACUCAGUCUCAACCUGGUCUUCUUCAUGUUGUGAUAUAUUGACACCGCAAAAAGAUUAAAAAAAAAAAGAAAAAGAAAAAGAAAAAGAAAGAAAAAUUAAAAUCACACACUUCAAUUCUUGUAUCUGUGUAUAUGAGAGUUAGACAGGGAAGAGGAAGCCAACACAACUGUGUUUAUGUGGAACAGAAAAGCAAUGUAAUGUUAGGACAGGCAGAAUGCUUACAUACCGUUGUAGAUUUCUGUUGCCUUUUUAUAUUCUUUUAGUAUAUUCUUUUUGAUCUCUCAACUUUGUUGGUCGAGGAAGAUUAUUUGUUCAGUA